AAAUAUAACCAACAGCUUGUCACUCUCUCGCAAAACAAACUGCAUCGAUGCGGUCGGAGCGAUUAUCAUCUGGCGACGGUCGAACACAGAACAACGCAACACACACUACAAUCGACAAUAAAAUGUUAUUGAAGUGUUCCAAUUUAGAGCCCGGCAAAGGCAAAGGAAAAUUGACCAGAGCUUCAACAGGUCUAUUAUCGCUACUUCAACAGCAAAAUCUACACAUGCAAAAAUCGGAAUUAGAUUAGCGAAGCAGAAAUCUGGAAUGGCUAAACAAACCCGUUUAUUUAUUUUUUCGUUGUCCUCUUCACACCUAUCACCUUAUUUAACACGACGAUGAAACGGCUACGGGUCAUAAAAAGAUUUAAUCCGGAUUUUGUGUCCUAUAUUUUAUGAACGACUGAGAUUUUUUCAAAAUUUUGACGAUGCUCCUCAUGUACUACAGUGAUAUAGCUGAUUUUAUACCUCGUUGACGUGCUGGCAGUCAUUAGUGCGAGUUUUCGGUAAUGCGAUAAGAAGAACAUUCCAGAAAGUUUAACUAUUAUCUAUUCGUCGUGCAGACGUAGAAUCCCGAACACCACAAUAAACAUGAAUAGAUGAAAUCGGACGACGACGACGACGACGGGCGGCAACGGUUGAUAUCGUGCAUAAAACGUGAUAUGAACACAACAUGUUCGGCAACACGUUUUCAAUUUGGUUCCAAUAAUAAUACGUAUAUCAUAUCCAGGAGUAGAUAAUACUACGAACUGAGAUUGGUAAUGGUAGAAAAUGUCUUUUCUAUUAGGCAAUGCCGACCAACAACAAAUGCACACAGGCCGAUAAAAGUUCAUAGAACUAAAUAAACCAAACGAAGACGAAAAAAGAAAAAAGAAAAAAUGAAAACUUAAAAUGAUUGAUAACAUUUUUUUAUGGUUGAUGUGUGUGUUUCGUCUUUUUUUCGUUCAUUUCAUUUGAGUCAGGUAACAUAAUCUUGUGUAGUAGAAUAAUUUUUUUUUAUCAUUUCGAUAAAAUUCUUCUGUUUACCUAAAAAAUCAACACGUCAACAUCACGCAUUGUAUUCGGGUCGAUUGCGCUAUCAAUUCAUGAAAAGCAGUAAGCAGCUCCUCCAUUCAAAUGGCUUAUCGCCGAUUGAAAAUGUGACAAAAUAAAAGCGAUAACCAGAAAACAUUCAAACUAAAAUCGAUCAAAUCGUCAGACUCAUGGGUAGUCAGUCACUUGAGAACCGCACAAUAAAGAGAGAUAGAGCAAAACGGCACAAGGCUGCCUUUUCUGCUUUGCAUUUUGAUCGAUCGUUGACAAAAGCAAUCACAUCAACUUAGAUUGUCGUGAACACUCACACACACACACACACACAACAAGUCGAUCAUUAUCUUGUCUGUCAUCAUGUUUGCAUUCGCAAUUUAUCCUUUCAUUUAGAAAAUGCUACAGAUUCCCACUCGCCUAUUAUUCUCAGAAACUGUCCUAUCGUAAACACUCCAAAUUGUAACGUAAACUAUUGAUCAUCCACUUUGCACGUCGAUUUUCACAAAAUUACUUCAUAAAUUCUCAACAUGUUUAUAUAUAUUCAAAAGAGAAUUUAUUUGACUUUUAUUUGAUGUAUCGCUUGAUUAAUAAAAAAAAUCAUUUAAUAGUUUAGUUUUUACUCCAAUCGAAAAAAAUACACUAAAUCCCCAAUUGGGAAAUUGAACUAUCCAAAUUGUAAACACCAAAUUGUAACAUAGAACUCAAAAACUUAUGACGAAACUUUGUGAAACGUCAAAAUUUGAACACGCGCAAAUCCUUAGCCUUUCACGUUAUUGUUUCCAAAUUUGAUUUAAUUUCAAUUUUGGAUUGCUUUUAGAUAUUUUUUAAAAAUAUUUAUUAUUUUAAAUUAUUUUUGCGAACAAAAAUAAACACAUUGCGAACUGUCACAUCGGUCAACACUAACAUAACCAUAGAACUUUCAAUCAAAGUUCGGUUUGACAGCAGCUUUGUAUGUUAUCAUUCGGAAAGAAUAAGUUACAAUUGAUACAUCAUGAAAUUCAUCUAAAAAAAAUAUUUUGUCGAAAUAUAUUGCAAAAAAAGAGUAAUGCAUUAAAUUUUAGAAACAUUUCACAGUAAAAAUGCAUGAAAACAUUGAAUACUUUGUACAGUAUUUGCUGAAAACAACGAUGAUUUCGGAAGCAUAAUACUAUAACAUAGUUCAACUUUUCCUAUCAAAAACGGUGAAAAUUUAGAUGCUGUUUUCAAAAUGGAUAAAUGAAUUUCGACAAAAAUAUUUUCUGUGUUUGAUUAUUCUGCAUAGGCUGAUUUUUUCGUGCUCUUUCCGAAUAUGUAUAAUGUGCCACAUUUAAAAUUCGUAUCCAAGUUCAAAUCGUGUUUUUUUCCAAAUAGUUUACAAUUUGGACUAUGUUACAAUUAGGAUUGUUUACGAUAUGUCAUUCAUUUUGAAUCGUCUAGAACAUUACAUUUUAUUUUCAAAUGUCUAUACUAUAGUUUCGGUUGAACAUGUUGACUUUAUCAAUUUUCGACCAGUUUUUGUUGUGACGACUCAGAAAAAAUAUAACAUUGGUACACGUGUCUCACUCUUCGAUGUGUGUCCGUUUCUUACUGUCUUUUGAAAAAAAGAAAAUCAGACGAUCGAUUGAAACCACGAGGCCCAAAUGGAUUGAAAUGAAGACAAAAAAAAUACCAUUCGACAUUGGAUGGUUAACGCCUUGCGUUGAGUUGUGGACAUUGUCUGAAAUAUUCAUAUUUGUCUUUAUCAUAGGUCAUAGUCAAUGAGCAUGUGUAUGUGUAUCGUUGCUGCUGUUGCGUUUUACCCCAUUCCGGUGUGUUUCGUUGAUAUUGUGUGUUCAUAAUAAUCGAUGUUUAGUUGGAUGUGUUCAUAGUAAAUAAACGGAUUAUCUUUUACACUGUCAAACAAUUAUCAGUUUGCCCUUAGGACUUUCACAACCCAUAUGAAAGUGUAAAGGUGAGGUUGGUUGUGUAUACGUACAGGCUGUGUGCAACAUGUGCAUUCAAACUUCGGCUGUGUCACUUGAUUGAACCAAUUGAAAUUCUCUGUCACAUAAAACUAUUAGAAUUGCUCAACAGAACACAACAACAAAAAUUAGGCGAAUCAGCCGAGUACACGCGAAAUCAUACAAAAAUAUUGACUGUAUGCAAACGGCGACCAAACCAAGACUUCGUCUGAAGUGCAAGCACCAUAUAUAAUCUUCAUUGUGCUGUCCGUUGAUUAGACGUUUAGAAACUCCAUACUAAAGUCAUAACCAUUCAUACUCCUGUUGUGCGACCAAUUUUCGGCAACGGGUUGAAAUUGAAAAUGCUAAGCAUCCACACAAAAGAUUCAUUUCAGCUCGGGAAUUUGCAUCAAACACAAAAAAUGAGGGCAUUUCUUUGAAUUCCAUUCGAAUUUCCCCAUCGUUUUUCGAACAUUUGAUAAAAUGGUCACUCUCUCCGAAACGAAUUCGAAUUGUCGACACGAAAAUGUUGUUGAACCCCGUUUCCUUUUGUAGGUCGUUGCAUUCCCAUUACAUUUCGAUUGAAAGUCAAACAUUUUAGCUGGGUGAAGUCCGAUAACGACGUGAUAAUUGUAUGGAAAUGAAACCGUUUGAUUUGAAGAAAUUUAAAUUCAAACGAAAUUUGUGAAAAACACACGGCACGCGAGAUGAUAGCGAUGAUGAUGAUGAUGGGCUGUCAAGUGUGAUGAGUUGCUAUGAUAUGGUUGUGAACAACCGGUGCGUAUCAAUUCAUCUACGAUACGGUAGAAUCAUUGAAUGUAUUUUGCGUACAAACGAUCAAUGAAAUUGGCAAUUUGAUAUGCGCAACUAUUAGAAGCCGAAAAUGUAUUUCCGAUGCUUACCUUAAAAUGGCGUAAUUCACCCGUACUAUUUUGUAUAUUGAAACAAGUGUGUGCGCAUUUAUUAAUAGCACAUGUAAAUGGUUACUGUAGCUGUAACAAAAUAUUUUUGUUUUGUCGCAAAAUGUUUGCGCAUCAUACCAAACUUUUUUAAAUGACUUUCUUGUUCUCUGUCUCUAGUUGCCUCCGAUUGACGCUGAUUCACCCUGUUUGUUUUCAUUCACUAUCUCGAUAGUUCGACCGUUUUUAUGAUUAUUCAAAUAGAUUUAUCAACGUUUUGUUAUUUAUGCGUCGAGCCAUCCACAAGGCGAGAAUAUAGUCGUCGGUAAAAUAAGUGCGCGCUCACAAAAAUAAAAAAGACAUGCAGAAAAUAGAUUCAACGGGUCGAACGUUCAAUUGCAUGUGCUCUCGAGAGAGAUCUCUCGGUGUUUUUGUUUAUUUUUAUUCGAAAAUAAUUAGCAUGUGCGAGUUUGAGUUUUCAGAUCAAGCAUUUUGUCACCCGUAGCGCGCUGGUUAUCAUCAAGUGCUUUCUCGGCCGAUGGUGAACUUCUUUUUCUCUCUCUAUGCUGAUGCUGUUAAUCUUCUCACUGUACCAAAACAAUUUAAAUAAAAUUUUAAUGUCGCAACACAGAAAAUGAAUCGACUUAAAUCCAGCACAUUGAAUACACAACGCCUUAUCACGAACACUGCCGCCGUCGUUGUCACUGAUGCUCUGUAUACAUGUCUGUUUUCAAAUCGGUCAUUGUGCGUAUCGAUUCACUAGAACAAUGCGUGAUGUCUGAUUGCUGUGAUUCUUACCAUAUUUCCUUUUUUGUUAUGUUUGCUGAUCUUUCCACGAGCUUUAAUGUUCCUUCUCGAGCAUUUGUUUAUGAUUUUCAAGUGUAUUAUGAUUCAAUUAGACGGAAGACAAGAAGCAGAAUAAAAGAGCGCACAUACAAAGAGCAACAGAUCCAUUUGCCAUUUGAACUGUGCGUUGAUACUGCAGUGCGAAGCAUUUCGUUGACCCCAAAGUUCAUGUUUGUAGCACAACUGAGCACAAAUUGUGUUCUAUUUACAGUCCAAUGAACACAUCACAAUAUUCGGACCGACUAUAAAUCUUGGGGUGAACAGUCGUCGCUGUGAAUAAGAAAAGAACAAGAGAGGCAAAAGAAAACGGGCAUUAAUUGAAGUUUUUCUUUGUUCGGUCUUUGAUUAUAGCUGACACGAGCUAGUUGAUAAAAUGCAAGUCUGACCCUUUUAUAUUUGCAAGCUCAUUAUGAGUCGAAUGCACCAAAUCAAAAUGGAAUUAAUUAUUUUAAAUUAAUUCUCUUCAUUUUCUAAGAUUUUUUCUCGCCUUUUUCAUCCAUAUCAAGGAGGAAGUUUCAAUGUAAUCACAAUUAUUUGAUUCGUUGCUCAAAACCGUUUAUUGUUUUUCGUAUCUUAUCUAAGAGGACUGUAAAUGAGUAUGGUGCCGUGUACUGUACAUAAUCUGUAACGUAUUUUUAAGUCGAAACGAUUAACAAGUUGAGUUGACGAAGAAAAGAAAAAAUGAAAUGCAUUAAGCGACAUUUACAAUAUGAUUUGAUAUUAAAAAAAAUCAUCAUUCCGUUGAGACACUUUAUUUUUAUACUUUGUUAUGAAGUUAGACUAAAUAUACCGUUGGAAUCUAGACAAUGUUUUUCUUGUCUGCGAUACGUGCAAAGAAAUGUGUAAGGAUUUCAACGGCUCGAAAUCAAGCGUAUGAAUCAAUAAAUUACUAGAAUGAACUGAUUAAUAAGACGGCAAUACAUAUACAUCAAUAUGACUUUGAGCACAGUGUUUCACCCGCAAACAACAUGCCAUUAUGCGUCUUCAAUUAGAAAAAUAAACGAUAUUUGCUUUUUUUUUGUUUGAAAUGCGCUUCUGUCUCUCGCUCUCUGUAAUAUAUUAUAGUGAAAUGACAUUCAUUUCGACAUGUUUGUUUGCCAGACAAUUAUUUGCCUAAACAUAGUAUGACGAUGUAAUGAAGUGAAUCAAGGAUUUCACAUUGCAGCUCAUUCUCCCACUCUCUGUCUCUCCUCCUGUGUCUUAUCAGUUUGACUAUUUUAGAUUUCACAAAAGCGACAUCAUUUCAACAGCAACAACAAAAAAGAACUCUCUAUUUCUAUCAUCCAUUCCAGCGUUUGCUAAUGAAAAUGUGUAAACAUGAACAAAUCAACCGUAUUACGACUUCAAUUUUACAAUCGGGUAUUAUAAUUCACAGGGAUGUGACCAACCAACCAAAGCUUGUCCGUCUCUUUAUAUAUUGAAAUAUUCAUCGAUGAUACUCCACUUUAUGCAUACAUCCUUCAAAAUAGAAAAAAAAUCAAUCAAUUGUAAGUAAUUAUCCUUUUUGGUUAAAAAUGAACGAAAAUUUGAUAUUUCUUAGAAAAGACGCGCGUAAAUUUUUCAAUCAUAACUUCUCUAGUGAAUCAAAUGAAUAAAUAAAAUCUGAACAAAAAUAUUGGUUCGUUGAAUCUCCUGGCUUCAAAAUGACAAUGAGUAAACACAAGAAAUCAGUGCGUUAUCGUUGCCAUGAACACGAAUCGCACACAUCGAAACGUCAAUUCAGUUAUGUAAUAUUUAUCGUUUUGUGACUUCAUGUCGCAAUCGACACUAUUUUCUUUUUCCUAGAUGAUAUGAGUUGAAGUUUGAUCCCAAGAACCGAACGAAAGAGAGAAAAUUUACAUGGAUACUUUUGAAAUUCAAAUCAAUUCAUCUAUGGAUAAAUUAAAUUCAAAUAUCGCACACGAUGUUAUGAAAACGACCAAUCUUUUAACUAUGUCCCCUGCGAUUCCAAUCUCUGUGAAAAUUCAUUAUUGAUUCGGUCAUAAAAAAGGGCUUUUGAUACACAUGAGAGAGAGAGAGAGACAUCGGAGUAUCGGAUAAUAAUUCGAAAAUUCUUGCAAUAUUCUAAAUUAAUCAAUCCUCUAACACCGCAUGUGGCGUCUACACGUGAAAUGGAUUAAAGUGUCACACAGAGAACGAGAAUAAAUCAUAGUUUUGUCUACGCAACCGACAACGAGAUCAGAUGUUUUAAAAAUUUCGGAAUAGAUUAUUAUUUAUACACAACUAUUAGCAUGAUUUAAAUGCCGACUUCGAUUCUUCAGCAUCUGUGUGUUUAUUUUAAUUGUUUGAAUAUAUUUCGCCGGUUUUACUAGCUCACAGAUAUUUAUCGAAUGGCAUUUAAACGGAGUUUGGCUUCUUGAAGAAUAAAUACUAUCGUUAAAGCUAUCGUAAAAUCCUAUCUCUUAAUAAGAGUCUCUUAUCAUUCGGUGUGUUGCAUGGAUACCAAAAACAAACCACGCACACAAAAUUAAUGACAUGUAAUCUGGUUUAGGCGUGACAAGCAAUAAUUCAUGUCAAUCGGAGCCACUGUUCGUUUCGGCCAAUCAUCAUUUUCAAUCUAAUUUCUCUUUUGUUGAAUAAAUCAUGUACAAAAAUCAAAGUUUCUUUCUCUCGCUCUGUUCUUAAAGGAAACACAAACAAACCAUUCAAAUAGACAGCCCGAGAAAUAAACAUUUAGAUUAUUGUAUUUGUUUUCGUCAACUUUGACCGUUUAAUGUCAUAGGGCAAUGUAAUGUGAACUGAUGAUAAUUUCCGAAAAAUGAAACCCAAUUUUGUUUCUCGCUGUGUUUUUGUUUUGAUUUUCCGUUUUGUUUCGUUCCUUUUGUACACGGUACCGUUGCGGUGCGAGUCUCAAGGUUACUCAAGAAGAAAUGAUUUCCUCUGGUUGUACCAACUUGUUGCUCGCUGUAUGUUUCUUUUACGUAUAAACACGCUUUGACGUCGUCUACCCUUUCCUCCAACAAAUACCACUGCAUGGCAAUGGUAUUAUUGUCAUGCGUAUUUUUCAAUAUUCUCUCUCUUUCAAUCCGAAAUGAAAUUCAUUUUCCAAAUUCCUUACGCAAAUGGUAUAAAUUCAAUUAUGCUUCAGAUCAUUUUAAGAAUUAUGUUGGAUUGAGCCCAGUGGCUUUGGUUUGUUUUCUGGAGCGUAUAAAUUUAGAUAUUUUACAAGCUGUUGCGAAGCUAUGCUAUGGAUACUUCAAUUAGUCGAGUGUUUCAUUCGUUCGAAUUUUUGUUUCGUGCACAAAAUAAACAAAACUUUGCCAAUGCAAAUAUUUCUGUUGGUUCCACAGCUUUUCGCGAACGUCACAACAAAAUUCCAAAUAUAUACACAAAGAAUCGAAGCGGAGAGAACCGAAAAAUUAAUCGAUUCUUUUAGAAGAAGGAAAAAAAGUAUUUCUGGCAACAAAUUGUGAAUUUUUUUCUCGAAAAGUUUUGAUGAUAUAAAAAGCAACAAAAUACAAUGCAAACAAAAUUAUAAAAUCAUCAUUACUGCUCCGUCACAGCUAACGCAUAAAAGUCGAUGUAUGAAAUCGUGCCGUUUACAUGCUAAUGUUCGACGAAACGGGUCUAAAUACUGUCGAAUCACAACAAAGACAGAGAGCAAAUUCAGUGCGACAAUUGGAGUUCGAAAAUCACAACCGCACACACAUGAGAAAGAGAGUGAGUGAUAGAGUGGGACAGUGACAGAGACAAACGGAGAGAGUCAUAGCAUACGGAAAACAAUAGAAAGAAACUCGAAGCUGAUAAAAUACAACAUAUUGUAAAGCGCACAUCAGGAGUCUAUAAUGUCCGCAUCGAUUGGCGACAAUGGAUUGACGGACAACAGCAACAGCAACAGAAAAUGAGUCAGAGAGGGAAAUGCGUGUACUUGAAACUGCAUGCACUGCGAUUCAAGUAAAAAUAUCAAUGUAGUUGUAGUUUCUUCACAUGGUCACACAGAGACGACGACUACAGCGACAGCGACAGCAGCGAACGCACAUCGCCUCCGAUCGAGAAAGAGCAAACCCGGGCGAUAGAAGACGAUAAAGCUUUGUCUUCUCAGUAUUGAUACGGAGCUCUUGGCAUUAACACGUUAUUCCGCUGUACAAGCAAAACCAUCGCGUAUACACACAUGGAUGGAAAUACUACGGCGUUGUAGGAGGGUCGAAGAGAGAGCGAGAAACGAGAAAAAGAAACGGAGAAAUAUCGCACAAAAAACGAUAGACAGUCGAACUGCCACUACCGAAAUGAAAAACUUAAGUGUUUUAAUGGGUUUAAUAUCACUAAAUUGACAGCACACAAUUUAGUUAUAAAUUUUUGUUCUCAUUGAUCAGACCGUAGUAACAAUUUUAUGCCGACGGCCCAACAUUGCUCACAACUCGAGAAAAAAAACGUAUUCAACUCAAAAUUCAAUUCGUGAUUACGUGGUGUGAAAUGAAAAACAUUGUUUUAUUUUCUUGUCAACGUUUUUAGUUUCAAGUGACAUUGCAGUUUAUUUUUUCUCUCGGUCGAAUAGUUGUUAUUUUACGUUUCGUCCAAGUGAUACGGCACACAGAUUGAAGUAGCAGAGUGUAUCCCCGUUCGCGCUGUUAUAACCGUUUUGUGAGGACAUUUAAAUUGAAAGCUGUCGCGAGUGUGAAACCGAUUCGUAUUUUGAUUCAAACCCAUGAUUCGUUGAUUGAAUCUAACAAUUUAAUGUACAGCAAUUAUUUGUGUCGUUGAUAUGUGCGCUUCUUCAUAAACAUCGUAUACGCGCUCUCAUCGUUAUCGCCGCCGAGUAACGACGAAUAUAGAAGAGGAGAUGUGUUGUUGUUGUUGUUGCUGCUGCUGUUGUCUUUCAGUUGUGUAAUGUGAAUGAAUAAAAAAAAAAAAUGAAUAUAUGUUCGGUGUGGCAUAUCGCGCGCGUGUUAUGAGGCCUCAAACCAAAUAUCCAUAUAAAUUGAAUGUAUUAAAAACGAAAGAACAGUCCAUAUAUACACAGUGUAUUUUUUUUUUAUUUCUACUUCAAUCUCUCAUAAGAUUCACGCUGUCGUCGCCCAGUAAAACGAACCGCGUAUCUAUGUAGAUAUUUUUUGAUGGGCACACAGUUUUUACGAGCGCCUCAUUGAUGAUGAGAUGAUAAUAUUGCGAGAUAAUGUAUGUUGUAUACAACAACCGAAAAAAACACAAAAUUUCGCUAGUCAUUUUCAAAUAAACAACACGUAUGAGAAAUGAAAAUGUUUCUUCACUGACACUGACUCGGAACCAAAUCAGCACAAAUCGGCCAGUUUUUACGUGAUUUUUUGUUUUCUACAAUUGAAAACGUUCUACAUUGAAAAAGUAUGUAAAUCAAUUGAAUAAAGUGAAAAAAAAACGAUCGUCGAUCGUCGCAUUAUACAUAACAAUAAUUUUUGGGCCUGGUCCCGUAUUAAACGGCACAUGUGAACAAGUUGUAAAUUAAACUGGCAAACAGUGACAGAAAAAAAAAAAACAAGAAAAAAACCGGAUUUUUAUCUAUUGAUUGGAAGUUCCAAAUUCGAUCUGGUGUAUUCGAUGUCGUUGCUCAGAAACUAAGUCGAAGGGCCAGAAAUUAUGUGGAACGAAUGUGAGAUUUUCUUUUCAAAUCACACCGAACACAACACUGAACGAAUGCAUACAAAAUUUCGAAAAUAUAAACAGUUUCAAGCGAUUAUUUCGUCGAAAUGAUUACGGUGCUAAGCUUUCGCUUGAUUUGACACUAUUGGUUCAUUCAGCAAAUACGUUUGUCUUCUCGUCAAAUAUUAAUAGAAAGAAAACACAACAAUUUGAUAGAGGAAGAUAAAAAAAAAACCAACGGAAUUCAGCCAUUUUCAGAAUAACGUGAAUCUCAAAAUUCAGAAAAGAAAAACAUAAAAAUAUGACAAUACUUCCACCAAAGUUUAGUACGUAGUAGUGAUUGAUACAGCGCAACGUAUUCGCGUUAUAAAAGUGAGCGAGUGAUAAAGGAAGAAAGUGCCCGAAAACAAUAAGUCUUAAAAUAUAUUUUUGGAAAAUAAACAAAAUUCUUUUGUGUCGUGCCAUUUAGAUGGAUUGAGACAACACGUUGACCAAAAUUCCGGCAGUUUAAUAAAUUAUUGUGAUCUUUGAGCGUUAAUCAUUCGGUUUAAGGACCGGCGACGAAUCCAGAAAUUUUUCAAUUAGUGAAGUGUUAACGAGUCAAAGAAGAAAAAAAAUCAGAAGACGCAAAAAUGCGGGUCACUUAUCCACAGUGGAUGAAUUUCGAUGGCAGUCGUGCAGGUAGCGGCGGCGUUACAAAUGGUGGCGUACGCCAGGGCAAAGGCAAGGGAAAAGGCAACUGGAAUCAUCAUUAUCAGCAUUCACAUCAACAUUACAACUAUAACAAUGGAUAUCCGUCGUAUCACAACCAUAAUCAAAUGAUGCGAAUGACCAUGUCGACCGGAUCAACCAUGACGUCACGUGUUCAUCGAAAAGUUUUGCGGAUACCAUCGAAACGGCAUCCAGGCAAAGCAUUGCCAGGGAAACUACAUUCGGCCGCACGAAUCGGUGGCAAAGUGCUGCCGGGCAAACGAUUGCGACCACAACAAAGUACACAUUGUGAUAACUCGAACUCGAAUGACAGUGGGCUCGGAUACGAUCAGUAUGCCGACACACCAUAUGCAAACAUCAAACAACUACCGUCAACAAGAUUACCACCAACAAGUAAUACAACCGAUUCGACAACGACGAUGUGCACGAGUCGAUUAGUGGUUGAUGGAAACGUUCAAAUUCAAAAUCCAUACGGUGAGGCAUCCACAUCGUCUGCAGUGAUGGCAACGAGGGCGGCGACGAUGGCGGCCACAACGUCAUCUAUUGGCAUGAAUACAAUGCUGAUCAAUGCAAAUAGCUUAAUGCCUGCAUCUUCAAUACAACAAUCAGCAACAACUUCUUGUUCCUCUUCUUCAAUCAACCUGAUUGGUCACGAAAUGAGCGCUUUGGAUGGAAUGAAGCGUCAAAAAACCGAUCACAAAAUUGAUAUUGAUGACACUUGUAGCAAUGACGCAUUUGUUUUUAAUUCGAGCCUCAAGGGAAAGCCACUGAAAAGUAGUCAAAAAACCGCAACCGUUCCCUGCAAUGCGUCCAAGAUAACACAACUAUCGCGUGGACCGGCACGGCCAGCCAUUCGUCGCACCGCGAUCGGAUCACAAAUUCUCAAUGCUCCAAACAAUAAUAUGGGAGUCAGUGGAGCGGUUACGCUACAAACACAAAUUGGUGCUAUCUCACAGAAUGGAAAGUAUCAACUGCAAAUCAUAGCACAACCAGAACAACAGCACAGAGCAAGAUAUCAAACUGAAGGGAGCCGAGGAGCCGUGAAAGACAGGAGUGGAAAUGGAUUUCCAAUUGUGAAACUGAUUGCAUACGAUAAACCGACUACGUUACAAAUUUUCAUUGGCACAGACGUGGGUCGUGUAGCACCGCACAUGUUCUAUCAAGCCUGCAAAGUAUCGGGCAAAAAUUCAACACCAUGCAACGAGAAGAAAGUCGAAGGCACCAUCGUGAUUGAAAUCGAUUUAAAGCCAGACACUGACAUGACCGCAACAUGCGACUGUGUGGGAAUUUUAAAGGAACGAAAUGUCGAUGUUGAGCAUCGGUUUCCGGAUCAAACCACCGGACCACGAAGUAAGAAAAAAUCGACCCGUUGUAGGAUGGUAUUCCGUACUCAAGUCACUCAUGACGACGGUACCAUCGAAACGCUACAAGUGUGUUCACAACAAAUUAUUUGCACUCAACCGCCUGGUGUACCGGAAAUCUGUAAAAAAUCAUUGGUUUCAUGUCCUGCAAAUGGGGGAUUGGAAUUAUUCAUCAUAGGUAAAAAUUUCCUAAAAGACACCCGAAUUCUUUUUCAAGCACGUAGGAACUGUCUGCCAAGUGACUCCUAUGACACAAUCUGGGAAGAGUCUGUCUUUCCUGACAAGGAAUUCUUGCAACAGACUCAUUUGAUUUGUACGGUGCCGCCGUAUGCCGAUCCCGAUAUCGUUGAACCGGUGACGGUUCAAAUGCUUGUUACGUCAAGUAACAAGUAUAGCGAACCGCACAACUUUGUGUACACGCCAAAGAGUGCUUUUGGAGCUCCCACUGCAUUGGCAAUGGCAUCUACAUUGGCCACACUGCAUGCUCAUUCGAAGAGCAUCCAAGAUAUGGCAUAUGGAAACGAAGAGUCACGUUCGAUGUCGCCAACACCGUCGCCAGUGUUGAAGAAUGCACCGGAUACUUGCCAAACGUUGAUGCUAUGGGCCAAUCAUCUCAAGGAAACCUCUAAUAAAAUCGAUGCUGGAAUUAUGCCACCACCGGCAACCACACUCCCGUUGAACAUUCGUCGUACAUCACUGACCGGGUUGCUAUCGUGCGGAUCGGCCGAUCAGACAUCGCCACCAAUACUGAAAUCGGAAAUCAUGGACGAAAACUCGCAGAAUUCGAUCCUAUCAACUGGAGCAGAGAGUUUACACGAUUCAAUUGACUAUGUCAAUGAAAACUCAAUGGACGCCAGUAAUCCGGCAACGCUCAUGAAUACGUCACCAUUGGAUAUGAUGACCGGCGGAGCAGUGUUCCCACCACCGCCGCCGUUAAUGAAUAUGACAUCCACCUCACCGAUCAAUGUGGUCGAUUUGCGAGUGAAACAGGAAGAAGAUUUGGCUGUACAAAUGCAAGACUUAGUUCAUCCGAAUUUAGGUGAACCGCCAAAAUUAAUAUCGGUCGUUUCUGAUCCAACAUCGCUAAUGGCACCAUUCGGUCGACCGAAAAUCAACGACCUCAAAGUUCAAGUGAAUGAUGUUCCAAUGUUUAAUGCAUCCACCACUGAUGUCAUGCUGCACAACAAUUUGGGCACACUCAAUCAAAUUGUCGUUCCGACGAUGACCACCAACCAACAGAUGCAACAAACAAUGGAGCAGACAUCGGUUUUUGCACAACAAGGACUAAUGACUGAAGCUGGAACAGCAAAUGGCCUGAAUCACAUGCUGAGUUUCCCCAGCUCAACGCAAACCAUUUCACCGAACAUUUUAACCACAAGCCCAACAAAUCAAUCGCCUCUCUCAACCGAUGUGAUGCUCAAUUCACAAUCGAUCCCAACGAUUAACACAUCACCCACAAACAUGCUCACUGCUGUUGAACCAGUAAAUAAUCCAACUAUCGAAUCUGACAUCAUUAUGAACUCGACCAUUUCCCCUACAAUGAUGUGCACCAACGCAACUGGCGAUGCCACCAAUCUUAUGCCGAAUCCCGUUGCAAUCGGUGAUGCGCCAAUGCUGGCACCAUCGACGCAACCAACUUCCGAGGCUCUGCUGAACAAUUUCAUGCAUGUCGAUCCUUCGCUUUCGAUCAAACAGUCCGAUGCGGCUGUUAAAAAUAUGAUCUUGAACGCGGCUGCUGAAAUUUUAUCGUCCGAACCGAACAGUAUUACUCCCGAAACUGCAACCAAUGCACUGAUGUCAUUGAACACGGAACAAGCGCCGCAAACAACAAACGCGAGCCCACCAUCAAUCACCAACAUUCUGACGCACAGCGACUCAACAUCGUCGGUCGUCGUUUUGGCCGGUAACAAUAAACUCAUUCAAAAUGUUGUGGCAGCUGCAGCCGCUCAAAAUGCAUCUGACAUCAUUCAAAAUCAAGUGGUUACUGAUCCAAAUCAGUUUCAAAUCGGAUCACAGCUUGUAAACGUUCAACCGACGACAACGGCUGCAUCGGCAGCAGCCGCCAAUCUUAGCCCAGCUCAGCAAAAUCUCUUGAAUAAUAUACAACAAGAAAUCUGUGCACUAUCCACCGAAACGAUGUCAUAUGGCAAUCAAAUCUCACCAAAACGCGACGAUUUAGAUUCUCGACCACGAAAAAUUUCGGAACCAAUGGCAACUGAUCCAAUUAUACCAGUUCCACAAACACGAGCGAUCGUUACAAAUGUUCCAACCGUUGCAACAAACACAAAUCCACCAACAACUGGAACCAUUCCAUCGGAUCUUCCACUAUCAAUGUCCGAUCAUGAUUUGAUCAGUUACAUUAAUCCAAGUUGCUUCGAUCAAGUUCAACUGUAAACAAGUAAUCAACUCGAAUGGAAACACCAAAUUUGAUUUUAAAAAAAAACCAAUUCGUCUAUGUGCCUAUCGAUUGAGCCGAAGUCCUGAAGAAAAAAUUGAAAGAAACUUCGUCAAAACGAAAAAUUGCUCAGUUUUCAUUCGCUUAUGCUGCUGCAAACCAAUAUCUUUGUGUCAACCAAAAGUGAAAAUGAAGAAGAUACCGGUGGAGAGAAAGCGAUGCAAAUACGCUUAAAAUGAUGUGAAUGUAGAUGUUCAAAAGCCAACAAUUUUCAAUUAUUCCAUGAGGAGGAUCCGCGCUCGCAUAUGUAUUUAUGAAUAUCAACAGCAGCUAUGCGACUUAGCCGAGGACAUUUGAGACAUGAGAAAAAUGUGUGAAUGUUAUUAGAUGUUUAUUAUUAUGGUUAUUCUUAUGCGCAACAGAAUUUAAAAAUGAAUUCACAUUCAAUGAAUUUAUAGGGUACGAAUGAGAUAGGAGAAUCUAAUUAAGCAAACAACUGAAACAAUUGAAGUAAAGUGAGAAAGGGAAAGAAAGAAACACAGCAAGAAUAUAUUUAUUUUCUUAAUGCGAAUUAGAUUUUUUUCUAGAUUUUAAAAGAGAUCAUUGUUCACUAUUUUUUAUUAUAAACUAAUCAAGUAAAUUCGAGUAUGAUCCACUAUCAAAAGAAAACAAAAUUCAUAUAAUUUUCGGUGAAGAAAACUACAACAACAAAAAAAAAUCCGUUUUUUUUAAGUUACAAAAAAAUUUUCAUUUCUUUUAACUUAUAUUUGGAAUUCACUGUCAGUGCACUGAAUGAUGCAUAGAAAGAAACAACCGGUCGAAUUGUUGAAAAAUAGAGCAAGAGACUGUGUGAAAUUUCCAACGAGAAGCUCUGAAUUUAAAAAAAAAAAAAAAAACAAAAUAAACAAAGAUGAAUUAUCAAUAAAAAAAAAA